AUGAAUUACACGUACAGUGAUGUCCAUGUGCAUGGUGCUGCAUUCUUGCCAGAUGACGCCAAUACUGACAACAUACAACAGUUGGAUGAAGCAUGUCCUGUGGCCAACGAUCGAGGCACUGACCUCAUGGAUUUUAGGCUGGUUCAAAUGAACGCCAUUCUCGCUUCUAUACAAUUCCACCUUAUGGAGCCUACUCUUCACUUGAGCAGUGAUGGUACGCUGACAAAAAUUGGGUAUAGCUCCACAGGCUUUGGCGUAAUCACAUUUGGUACCUGCAAAACGUGUUCCUAUGCUGACACUUUCUCGUCCCCAGACGCCAUCUACUAUGGCAUUGGAAAUUGGAAUGGCCCGAUAGGCAUGUCCUGGUCAGAACGACUAAUUAUCAAUCUUCCAGUUGUUAAAAAUACAACAAUUACGAUCCAAGGAAACCAGCCAAGUCUAGGAAUGAGAGUGUGUAGCAUGCUUUUAAAUUUCUACCCUUCCAACGAGACAGGCGGUUAUAUUCCAGGGAUUUUUCAAGUAGAUAGAACAACAGGUGGGCGAAUUGGAGGAUUCUUUCUCAUGCCUAAAGGCAGUGGUAUUGAAAUACAAGAUUAUCAAGCUACUGGCGGAAGUUGUCUUACAACAGAUAUUUGUAUCCCUGUGUUUUUGGAUGAUGCUUUUAUUGGCGAUCCUGGAAUCGUAGAUCCGGGGAAUAGCAGCACAGAAAUCGGUAGCGAGGAGAGUGAUAGCAGUGAAGAAGGCAGCGGUUUUGAUAGCAGUAAUAGCGAGGAGAGUGGAAGUGAGGAGACUAGCAACAGUGAGGAGAGCAGCAUCCAGGAGAAUGGUAGCAGCACUGAAAGUUCAAGCAGCCAAAGUCAAUCUGAAGAACAUAUUCUUAGUAGCACUGAAGGUAGUGAAAGCAGUAGUAGCGAAAAGAGUUCAAAUGGCCCAAACAACAAUAUUGAACAAAACAACAGCGCAAUAAACAGCCAAGCCAACUCAAGUAAUGCAGAUCAGAUGCCAAGCAGCGAUAGCUCUGGUAACUAUAUUGGCAGUACCUCUGGACACUUCUUUCCAACCAGUGAAACAUCAUUAAAUCUUGACUCCAGUAGUGCUCAAACUCCUGAAAGUAGCGACAUAUCAGGUAAUAGUAAUCCAUCAAACACCAAUGCAUCAAAAGGUAAGAGUGUUAACAAUGCUCCGAUGCCUACCCGCGGUCCAACAGAAACAGGUAUCAAAUGUCAUACACAUCACCAUCACGUUACUACAACACAAUAUCAAUGUGAUCAAGGGUUCAUUCAUGACGAGGAAAUUCUUGCUUGCGAAUAUGACAACCAUCAUCACCAUCGAAAAGACUAUUAUGCUGGCGAUGAUGUGGAAUUCGGGCUCUAUGAUUACAAUAGAUUCGAUGAAGAGUGUGAUAUAGGUCACGGCAUUGUCAACUAUGAUGAAGAUAAUUAUAAAUGCUACUAUUACAAGUACAAAGGUAAAAAGCAUCACGGUGAUCAUGACGAUGACGACGGGGAAGAAGAUGAGGAUGAAGAUGAAGAUGAUGAAGAUGAUGAAGGGGACAAUGAAGAAAAUGAAGCUGGCAAUGAAGAUGAUGAAUAA